UUUUCUUACAAGUUUCCGGUAAGAGUUCCGCGUUUUUUUUGGUGAUAUUUUUAUUUAACAACUUUUAAACCGUUUUCUUGCAGCGAGGAAUUCCUGUGAGCAGCUUCUCUCCUACAUACCAUAAUGGCGGCUGUUACGAAGAAGAUUAAGCGCGAUCCCGCGAAGAACCCCAUGAGGGAUCUGCACAUCCGCAAGCUCUGCCUGAACAUCUGCGUGGGCGAGUCUGGUGAUAGGCUGACCCGUGCCGCCAAGGUGCUGGAGCAGCUGACUGGCCAGCAGCCAGUGUUCUCCAAGGCCCGCUACACGGUGCGUUCGUUCGGCAUCCGUCGUAACGAGAAGAUCGCUGUCCACUGCACGGUGCGCGGCGCCAAGGCCGAGGAGAUUCUGGAGCGCGGCCUGAAGGUGCGCGAGUACGAGCUGCGUCGGGAGAACUUCUCCUCCACCGGCAACUUCGGCUUCGGCAUCCAGGAACACAUCGAUCUGGGCAUCAAGUACGAUCCCUCUAUCGGUAUCUACGGUCUGGACUUCUACGUCGUCCUGGGCCGCCCUGGCUACAACGUGAACCACAGGAAGCGCAAGUCCGGCACUGUUGGCUUCCCGCACCGCCUCACCAAGGAGGAUGCCAUGAAGUGGUUCCAGCAGAAGUACGAUGGUAUCAUCUUGAACACCAAGAAGUAGAGGAGCUCUUACCCGUAACCAUGUUUUUUAAGAAGAAUUCUACAAUAAACCUUGGCUUGUGUCAACACGUAAAACUCGUA